CCAUUGGGGACUGUACCGUACAUUUGCCGUUUUUUGUUGCAAAGUUCAGGAAAAGGCCCAAAAAUCAAACGCCGCGGCAAACAGGCGCUGAAAAAUGGAUGGGGGGAGUUCCGGCGCCGCUUCCGACGCUGCAAUCGAAACCCUAAGAACCAGAGGAUGGUGCUUCGGCGACCUCGAACAAGUGAAGGCGAUGAUCCUGAUCCACUCCGCCUUGUCUGACGACACGCGUACGGUGGUGGAUUCGGUGGAAUCGGAGCUCACCAACGUGGACCUCAAAUCCAUCUCCUCCAGGUCCUUGCCCGACCCGCAUACACUCCGAAAGUCCUCUCACCUGCUCGGCCCCAAAGUCCUCCAGAUAGCUUGGGUGAGAGACGUUACCAGAAGUGGUGUGGAGGAUUUUGCAAGGAAUUCUAAUAGUCGGCGUCUUUUGAAACUUGGGCUAACAGACGGCUACAGUGAGGUAGCAGCCGUGGAGUACUCUCAUAUCCCGGCAAUCCCCGACGACGUCGUUCCGGGUACUAAGGUCCGUUUGGAAGGUAAAGCUACUAUCCGUAGUGGAAUAGUAUGUUUGAAUCCUAAAGUUGUGACUGUGUUAGGAGGUGUUGUUCAAUCACUUUACGAAGAAUGGCAGAUGAAUAAAAAAUAUUCUGGGUUCUCACGUCAGUCUUUAAGGCUUUCACAGGAAAGUGAUGGUAAAGGCCCCCCUCCAUUUGAGAAAUUGCAAAUUGGGGCAGCUAAAAGUCGGUUUCCUCAGCAGGACAAGUCUUCACAUUUCUUGGAUGUUAGCUCCAAGAUUAGUGGGCCUAUUGCUAGAAAUACUGUGGUUAGACCAGUUGGAAGGCAGCAGAACCUUCAAUUGAAAGCAAAUGAUGAGGAUAAAUCUUAUAAAAAAAGUGAGAUAGAUAACACUUGUAAGGCAGAUUUCCUUGAUGAAAGAACUCAAGACAAACCUAGUAGCUCUGCAACGACAACGAGGCCAAAAGAAGCAAUUGAAGCUGUCCCUGUUCAAAACCAAGCAGCUGCACAAAAACUCCUUCAAACAAUGAGUCAUCAAAACCGGGAUGACAGGCAUUCAAGAGGUAGACAGUUUAGGGGAAAGGGAAGGCAAGAGGAAGAACCCGUGGUGUUCACUUUGGAUGAAUGGGAAAAGAUAAAAGCUGGGGCAAAGCCUUCAAUAGGAGGUGCCUUUACAAGUAGCAGUCGUGACGAGGAACUUGCACGGCAGCUCCAAACUCAAUUUGAUUUGGAAGAUUAUCAUGUACAAAAGGGUCCUCCUGACGUGGAUGCAGAGAAUAUUAAAAUGAGCAUGUUCAGCUACCAAAAAGACGAUGACAGGGAUUAUGAAGGGAGAGGAAGAGGAGGGAGGGGACGAGGAAGGGGACGGGGGAGGAGUAGGGGGAGAGGAAGAGGAGGAUUUCGUUGACUUUGUCGUGUCUUUUAUUCUCGUCACGCUUUGACUGUGUCAGGUAAAAUUUGUUCUUGAUAUGUAUAUGGUGAUGGUGAAACCGUAUCUUCCAAUCUUAGAAUUUUGGUGCUUUAGCUGCAUUUUGCAUUGAUUGCCGAACAAGAGUGUCGUUGUGUUGUAAUAGAUACUCCUUUUGCGAGUCCGAUAGAGUUUGUUAGCUAGGAUCAUGCUGCACUUGGUUUUAGUCGUAUUUGAUGGAAUACAGGUUCUAAAUUAUGGAA